GACCGUGAGGGAACAGCUAAAUGAACAGCUAUAUGAGUAUUCACGUGUAUAUAUAAGUACCUACGCUGGCUUACUGUAUUUCUUUUGCAUCAAUGGUAAAGUUUAUUAGGAAUUGUUAGGUAUAUUUGCUCUCUAAUUUUAUACAAAUAAUAUGUCACUUGGGGAAAAAAAAUCACCUCUUCGCGUUUACCGUGUAUUCGACCCGGAAGUUCUUGUGCGUGUCUGGUGUUGACAUUAGUAAGCGCACUCUGUGGGCUUGAUAAUAAUAAUAAUAAUAAUAGACUUGUAUUCGCCUGGGACUGUACAAUUAAACAAUUAAAGUAUUUUUUAAUAUAUACAUAUAUUUACAACAAACUGACACUGUGUGCACUGACCGGUAUCACGUUUUGCAGACACGCUAGCCUGUGUAAUGGUGUGUAUGUGUUUGCUCAAAGGACUUCAGGGAUCUUUAACUAACGCUGCCGUUAUUUUUCCUCUGCUGGAUAAAUAACACCGCGAUUCGAGCUGGAUCGCGUUCAUGAAGUCAGUGUUCCUUUGUGCUGGAGUGUGUUUUAAUUCAAGUCUGUUCACAUCCUCACUCUCUGGGCAUCUCUGCAGCCAAAGGGCAAGCUAGCUAGCUAGCCUCUGCUAGCGCCUCUGCCUCGCGCUGGAGUUGCAGAAGGAAAAUGUCAGAUUUUGAUGAAUUUGAGAGACAGCUAACGGAAAACAAACAAGCUGACAGAGAUAAGGAAAACAAACACCACCGGAGGAGCAGCUCCAGGAGCCGGAGCCGGAGCCGGGAGAGGGACCGAAAGAGAAGGAGCAGCAGGGACAGAGAGAGACGAGAGCACCAUGGGGACAGCAAGGACCGCAGACACAGGCCGAGUUGGUCUCCACACCGUGAGAAAAAGAAGGCCAAAGUGAAAAAGUACUGGGACGUUCCUCCUCUUGGCUUCAAACACAUCACACCCAUGCAGUACAAAGCCAUGCAAGCUGCUGGUCAGAUUCCUGCCACUGCCCUGCUCCCUACAAUGACCUCUGAAGGUCUGGCUGUGAUUCAGACUCCUGUGCCUGUUGUGGGCAGCCAGAUGACACGUCAAGCUCGGCGGCUUUACGUGGGCAACAUCCCUUUCGGCAUCACAGAGGAGUCCAUGAUGGACUUCUUUAAUGCUCAGAUGCGGUUGGGUGGCCUGACCCAGGCUCCAGGAAACCCAGUUCUCGCUGUGCAGAUCAACCAGGACAAGAACUUUGCCUUUCUAGAGUUUCGCUCGGUGGAUGAGACGACGCAGGCCAUGGCGUUUGAUGGCAUCGUCUUCCAGGGACAAAGUCUGAAGAUUCGCCGACCACAUGACUAUCAGCCACUGCCAGGCAUGAGUGAGAACCCAAGUGUUUACGUGCCAGGUGUCGUUUCCACUGUGGUGCCUGACUCGGCUCAUAAGCUCUUCAUCGGCGGGCUUCCUAAUUACCUCAACGACGACCAGGUGAAGGAGUUAUUGACGUCUUUUGGCCCGCUGAAAGCCUUUAACCUGGUGAAGGACAGUGCCACCGGUCUCUCAAAAGGCUACGCCUUCUGUGAAUACGUUGACGUCAACAUCAGCGAUCAGGCUAUCGCUGGGCUCAGUGGCAUGCAGCUAGGGGACAAGAAACUCCUGGUGCAGAGAGCCAGUGUCGGAUCCAAGAACACUGCACUGACCGGGAUCAACCAGACGCCAGUGACGCUGCAGGUUCCUGGCCUGAUGAACAGCUCCAUGAACCAGAUGGGCAGCAUUCCCACCGAGGUGCUGUGUCUGAUGAACAUGGUGUCUCCCGACGAGCUCCUGGAUGACGAGGAAUACGAGGAGAUCGUAGAGGACGUCAGGGAUGAGUGCAGCAAAUACGGCCAAGUGAAGAGCAUCGAGAUUCCACGGCCUGUCAACGGCCUUGAGGUGCCCGGGACUGGCAAGAUCUUCGUGGAGUUCAUGUCUGUGUUUGACUCUCAGAAAGCCAUGCAAGGUUUAACAGGCAGGAAAUUUGCCAACAGAGUGGUGGUGACCAAAUACUGCGACCCCGAUGCCUACCAUCGCCGAGACUUUUGGUAGAGGUAGAUCAAGCCAAAAGAGACUUGAUGAAGGACUGUAUGGUAUUUUCUGUCCUCGUCUGUCCUUUUUUUUAGUGUGUGUGUUUUAGGCCUGUGAGAGGGAAUGAAAAACAUUUUUAGGAAAACUCGUACACUGAUUGGUGUACUGCACACUCAACUUUGCUGCCGUGAUUGGUUUCUUCACUGGCUAACAAACGUUUAAACAUCACUUCAGGUGUUGUACUGUGAACUUCUGACACCUUGCAGUGGACUCGGAAAAUUAGGUUUGCCUUUAAAAAAUAAACCGGAAUCCUGCUACACAAGCCAUCUUGUGUUUCUUUUUUUCUUUCUUUCUCCCUGACGUCUGUGAAGGUAGAGAUUUGCGUUUCUCUUUAGGAAUUUCUCCCGCUUGCUCCCAUUCCUCUCCAAUCAUCACACAGUUAAGGACAGUAUCACCAGAGGAGGAGGAGGAGGUUUCAAGUCAACAUAACGUGAAACCGCAACAAGGCCUUGCUUUGGAUUAUUUUGGAGUUCAACUGUUCAUCAAACAUUUCCUUGUGUUUGGACUUUUAUGGUGGAAAAACUCAACUGUGAAGACUACACAGCGUGGUUACCGUGAGAGACCACACAGUUACUUGCUUUCUUUGUACAUAAAAGAAGAAUCUGAAUCUAGCUGAAGCAAGCCACUGUAUAUGUUUAUCCCAGGUUUAUUACCAUGGACCUUUUCCUUUCAAGAGUGAAAUGUCUCCUCAUUUUUUUCCUGAUCUGAUCGAAUCAAAUUUGUACUUGGUGAAAAAAAUCUUAUCCAUCUUUAUAUUGCAACAAGCAAGUUGUAUCAUGUAUUAAAUUGAAAAUCAUUUAGAUUUACGUAGUCUAAGCAUUCAGAAGAGUUUCUGCAUAAGUCACAAAUCUGUGCUAUUGCUUACUGGUGUGAUGGCGCUCUUCAUUUCAGACUGCAGUGAGGCAGUUACUCUUUGGACUAUUUUAAAAGAAAGAUCGAGGGCACCAGGCUGUGACUCUCAGUAUUGUGCCUAGGAGGUUUGGGGUACCUCUACUGGUUUUUGUCUCUUUUUCAUUUUUUUUUUUUUUUCCAGCUUUUCUCUGAUAUUCUAUUUUUUGAGGAUAUGGUUUUCCCAAAUUCAUAAAUAAAAGAAUCUUAGGGGAAAUCUGUGGAUGUGUGUAUUGGUUAUUUGAAAGUGGUGCUUCAUAUCUGCAGUCUAGGACACAACAGUAAGAUUUCCCAUCUCUCAACCCAUCAGAUACAUCAGUUACUAAACCUCCAGUGAGUUGGAUCAGAUGUGUUAGGAGCAGGUCUUCAGGACAGGAGUUGGGAAGCUGCUCAAAAUGAAUGCAGAUUAUCAAGUGAGCGUUUCGGUUAGUACACAGUUUACUCAGAACGGAGCAAACAAACAAAAAAAAAAACAUCCAGUGAGCAGCAAAUCUGUCGGUAGUAACACCUUGCUGAUCAGAGACUUGAGAGGAAAAUGUUCAAACUGGCAAGAAGAUUUCAGUACAGAUGAGGCAGAUGUGCUCCAACAGUAGAAGACCACAUCAGCUUCCACUUCUGUCAGCCAAGAACAGGAAGCUAAGGCUGCAGUGGGCACAGUCUCACCUAAACUAGACAGUUGAAGACUGGAAAAAUGUAGCCUGAUCUUGAUUUCUGCUGCGACAGACAGAUGGUUUCGUCAGAAUUUGUCCUCAACAGCUGGAAUUCAUAGACUCAAGCUACCAUCUGUUAACAAUUCAGGAUGCUGGUGGUGGUGUAAUGGUGUGGGGAAUGUUUUCUUCCUGCACAUUAUGCCCCUUAAUGCCAAUCAAGCAUCAUUUGAAGUCUGUCUAAUGCAUCCUGCAUCCCUUUAUGGCCACACAUAUUUAAUUAUAGCAUCAUAAUUUACUCAUAUUAUAAUCACUACUUCCAGCACGAUGCCACACCAUGUCACAAAGCACAAGUCAUAUCAAACUAGCUCCGUGAUCAUGACUAUGAGUUCAGUGGCCUCCCAAGUCGCCAGAUCCAAUAGAAUCCAAUAGAUCACAAAUGGGAAGAUGCAAGGUGUGACUGACAAAUCUGCAGCAAUCAUGUGAUGCAAUUAUGGCAGCAUGGACCAGCAUCCUAAAGAAAUGUUGUAGAUACAAACAUAUUGUAGAAUCAGUGCCACACAGAAUUGCACUUAACUAUACACCGAUAUGAAUAACACUGAUUAUCUCCUCAUCAUGGCACCUGUUGGUGGGAUAUAUUAGGUAGCAAGUGAACAUUUUGUCCUCAAAGUUGACGUGUUAGAAGCAAGAAAAUUGGACAAGCGUAAGGAUUUGAGUGAGUUUGACGAAGAGCCAAAUUGUAAUGGCUAGAAGACUGGAUCAGAGCAUCUCCAAAACUGCAGCUCUUGUGGGCUGUUCCCGGUAUGUAGUGGUCAGUGUCUAUUAAAAGUGGUCCAAGGAAGGAACAGUGGUGAACACAGGUCAUGGGCGGCCAAGGCUCAUUGAUGUGGGGAGUGAAGGCUGGUCCAUGUGAUCUGAUCUAACAGAAAAGCUACUGUUGCUCAAAUUGCUAAAGAAGUUAAUGCUGGUUCUGAUAGAAAGGUGUCAGAAUGUGUUUUGGCAGCAAAAGAGGGACCAACACAACAGUAUGCAGGUGGCCAUAAUGUUAUGCCAGGUUGGUGUAUAGCAUACAGUUAUAGAAGGGAAAUGAUUUAUAAUUCAGUGUCACCCAGGUGAGGAUGGAGUUCCUUUUGAGUCUGAUUCCUCUCAAAGUUUUUUCCUAAUAUCAUCUCAGGGAGUUUUUCCUUGCCACCUCUGCCUCUGGCUUGCUCAUUAGGGAUAAAUAUAAAUGAAAAAUGUAAACUUUAUAAUUUGUAUUCAGAAUUUUAAAAUUUUCCUGAACUGUUAAAAGUGGCAUACAAGUAAAAUUUAAUAGAACUGAAUUGAAAUAAUUCUAUCCUGAUAACAAAGGAGAGUCCUACCCCAUAUUAAUAUGGCAUUUCUAAUAAAGUGGCCAGUUUAUAAGAUCCCUGAUUAAAUAGGUAUCCUAUAGGGGUUUACAGUUAAAGAACACUGUUUAAUUGGAAUUCAUUUGGGUUGUUGAUGGAAGGAUCGGGGUUCAAGCCCCAGCACUGCCAAGCUGCUGCUGUUGGGCCCUUGAGCAUGGUCCUUAACUCUCACUGCUCCAGGGGUGCUGUAUCAUGGCUGACCCUGCGCCCUGACCCUUGGGAUAUAUGAAAAAACAAUUUCACUGUGCUGUAUUGUAUAUGUGACAAAUAAAGGCAGAAUUUUUCCAGAAUGAACAGAUUAUAUAUUUGUAUAGUAUAAUUUAGUGAAAUAGGGCUUUCAUGUCCACAUGCAUUCCUUGCUUUUUGUUUAAAUGUUUAUU